AGCUUGUCGGGUAUCAAUCGACGAUUACCUUCCUCGUCUAAAGCGUCAUCGCUCUUGAAACUUCAGUCGGAGAGAGAGACAGAGAGCAAUGAGUGCUAUCCGAGCUGCAGUUUUCUCACCGUCAAAUCAAUGGCACGAAAAAAUUCAAACCCAUUUCCCAACCCACCCAAACAGAUCAAUCAACAACGCAAACCCAAAUCUUCAAUCCAAUAGAAGAAACCCAUUUCCCUGUUUCUCCGUAGACGCAUCAAAAUCCCCAAACCCAGCAACCCCUCUCACCGCCACAACCCCGCCGCUCGUGGUGGUCGGCUCAGCCAAUGCCGACAUCUACGUCGAAAUCGACCGUCUACCCAAAGAAGGCGAGACCAUUUCAGCCAAGAGCGGCCAGACCCUGGCUGGCGGCAAAGGCGCCAACCAGGCUGCCUGCGGCGGCAAGCUUUCUUACCCAACAUACUUCGUCGGUCAGGUGGGCGAGGACGCCCAUGGGAAGCUGAUCACCGAGGCUCUGAAGAGCGGCGGGGUCUGCCUCGAUCGCCUGAGUGCGGUUUCUGGUGCGCCCACUGGGCAUGCGGUGGUGAUGUUGCAGUCUGAUGGGCAGAACUCCAUCAUCAUUGUUGGUGGGUCCAACAUGGAGUGCUGGCCUGAGAGGAUUUCUGAUGAGGAUUUGGAGGUUGUGAGAAAUGCUGGAAUUGUUCUGCUUCAGAGGGAGAUUCCGGAUUCGGUCAACGUUCAGGUUGCAAAGGCUGCCAAGAGUGCAGGUGUACCAGUCAUUUUGGAUGCUGGAGGGAUGGACACACCAAUCUCUAGAGAACUAUUGAACUUUGUUGAUAUUUUGAGUCCAAAUGAAACUGAGCUUGGUCGUUUGACAGGAAUGCCGACUGAAAGCUUUGAACAGAUUAGUAAUGCUGUGGUGAAACUCCAUAAAAUGGGUGUUAAGCAAGUCCUGGUGAAACUUGGGGACAAAGGGUCCGCCCUAUUUGUAGAUGGUGAAGAACCACUCAAACAACCAGUCAUACCUGCUGCCAAAGUACUUGAUACUACCGGAGCUGGUGAUACUUUUACAGCCUCUUUCGCGGUGGCUCUUGUGGAGGGCAAGUCCAAACGAGAAUGCUUGAGAUUUGCAGCUGCGGCAGCUUCUCUUUGUGUUCAAGUAAAGGGAGCCAUUCCUAGCAUGCCGGAGAGAAAAUCAGUUUUGAAUCUUCUUCAGUCUCCUUGAGGAUAGCUUGUACAUAAGAUAGGUACAAUAAAUUUCGACAUGCUUGUUGGAUUUUUCCUUUAUCUAAACAGUUAAGGUCGAUUAUUUAUCCCAGAAGCUACUCCUACAAGCAAGUUAGUACGAGGAAUUCUAAUGCGGGCAUCAAUGAUGACGUGAGAGAGCAUUCACUCGCUCAUUCUCUCGCUCUCACAUCCCGCAUUUUUAAGGAUUCCUCGGUUUAGUAUUCGUUAUGGAAUCGCCCUAUAGCACUCGCACUCUAUGCGAUGCUCCUCUGGAGGAAUACAUUCUCUCCGGAAGCCAGUGGUUAUAUGAACCGAAUAUGAGCAAAUUCAGAGCAUCCAGAUAUGGUGGGGACGGUAUUUAGUACUCACAGCAUUCAGACCAAACAUUGUGGAAGAGAAGAAAAAAGCUAAUUGUCUACUUUACUCGUAUACAAAUUCUCGGUGUCAACAUUUAUUUUAUGGGAAUUUUAACGAAAA